UGCGACUGGAUCUUGGCUCUCUCCAGGUCAAUACCGCAAAUCAAUGACGGAGGAGUAAUUCAGCAUAUGAGACCGAGGCCUGUCAAGAAGAAUCGGAACACUCUGCGCUGUCAGAUACGAGGCACACUUUUGCUGGCUAUAUCCGUCAGCAGUUUCUCUCUGCCCGGUAAGCGCAUUCAUCGCGGGUGCACCUCUCAAGUCCUCAUCGUGCAUCGCUGAAACUGCAUAACAUGCGGCUGUCUGCCCUAGCUAGACAUCUCCUUUCUGGGGUACUCUUGAGCCCUGUAUGCCUCUGCAUCUCAAUUCCCCAACAACAGGCGCCUGUGCCAAAUUCGGAACAUGAUCUUGUCUCAAUUUUGUCGAAUGCAGCCAAAGAUCCCCUGGUGAAUAAGAGGGUAUCGUCUGUGGCUGCAGGCAUCAAGUCAGGUCUUGCGACAAACGAAGUUUUGCAACAAUCUGGAGAUGAGCAGGUGCAACUGGCACUGAAAAAGAUCGAGGCAAUAUUCACCAAGAAGAGCAGCUCGACAAUGCUGGAUUUUGCAAAAGACAUAGUGGCCUCCGGCCUAGUUCCUCCCAGGAUCCUCACCGUCUUGAAUGGUUAUUUGAACGCCAAAAUUAACUCGGCUCAUAACCUAAACCCCAACCUCAAAAGCGGGAGUAUAUACCCAUCUAAAACAACCGAAGAUGCACCGUAUUCCAUUCCAGAAGCAGCUCUUAGAGAGGCUAUCUAUAUGCCAUCUGUCUUCCCAGGGGAGAACAAUAGUGGAAGGAAACCAGUGAUCUUGGUUCCAGGAACGGCCGCACCUGCUGGAACAUCGUUUUAUUAUAACUUCGGAAAGUUGGGCAACGCUAUCCCGGAAGUUGACGUGGCUUGGGUCAAUAUCCCCCAAGCCUCUCUGGGAGAUGUCCAGGUUACCGCUGAAUACAUCGCAUAUUCCAUUAACUACAUAUCCAAUCUCUACCAGUCCAAGGUUAACAUCAUCUCUUGGUCCCAGGGCGGGUUGAACACACAGUGGGCCCUCAAAUAUUGGCCAUCCACCCGGGCUUCAGUGGAGGAUUUCAUUGCAAUAAGCCCCGAUUUCCGAGGGACUGUUGAGGCCAGGCUGGUGUGCCCCUGGCUUGCGGGGAUAAUGUGCACCCCCGCACUGUGGCAGCAGGGGUGGGACGCUAAGUUCGUUCGCACCCUGAGGGCACUCGGGGGUGAGUCGGCGUAUGUUCACACAACGACCAUCUACUCUUCCUUUGACGAGGUUGUGCAGCCGAUGGAUGGAGACCAAGCAUCCGCCAUCCUCCAGGAUGCACGUGGAGUUGGCGUGUCCAAUAAUCACUUACAGUCUAUUUGCGCCCACAAGCCCGCAGGAGGAUUGUACACGCAUAAAGGAGUGCUAUACAACCCACUUGCAUGGGCGCUUACCAUCGACGCGCUAACUCAUGAUGGGCCCGGUAACCCUUCGCGAGUCAACGUCACCACCGUGUGUCAGCAAUCAAUUCCCCCACAGCUCAAUCUGGACGACUUGCUAGGAACAGAAGGACUUUUACUAGUAGCUCUGUCGGAAACCCUGAGGUAUAGGCCGAAGACAUUCGCGGAACCCGAUAUCAUAAGCUAUGCCGCUUCAGCGCCCGGAGUAGGGGUGAAAUACCGGACAUGAAGGAUGAAAAGUUGUAGGCAGAUAGGUGGUCACUGCACGCCAUACGUACACAUCUGUAUUUAGGUUUAUACUUGGCUACAGC